AUGAGACUUCUUAUCACCCUUCAGGUUCUUUCAUCCGUGAUCGCGGCAUUUGCAGCUCCCAUUCAUGUUCAGACAAUUGAUGAUACAUUUGUCACUCUGCCUCCAAACCCUAUAAUCAAACUGCCGGCACCGGGUUUUGCUUUCAAGCUUUAUAUGUCUGUUUAUGAGUUGAAACGCGAUGAACGCUGGACUUAUCUUACUUGCUUCAGAAACGGAGUCAGCGGAAUCAAGUUUGGAGCUACGAAUGCAGCUGAUCAAUUUUUUUGUUGUCGAUUCUUAUGGCUCUUGAUUUUGUGUAGUAAAGCAAGCCAUUAA